AUGGGUCAGGACAAAAGGUGGUGUAACUGUUUUCGGCAGAAUGUUGGUCUAUGGAUUGACUUCACCUGUCUCUUUGACGAGCUGGUAGCUUGGUGCGGAGAAUGGCAACUUACUGAUGCUACCGGCGAAACGUCUGAGAAUGUACCAAGCCCACGGUCUGAUGUUGGGAAUUAUGAUAACUAUUAUGGCAGAAGACUUCGGAUGAGAAAUGAGGCUCUGGAAGACAACACUCGGUCUAGCAGGUCUAAUUACCCUGAAGUUGUGGACAAUGCUAACCUAAACAACGAUUACAAAGAAACUCUGGAAUCAAGUAAGCUUGAAAAAAUUAUCUAUGCCAAUGAAUGUCUUGGCUUUCAAGAACAUCAAGACCCAAAUUGUUCGUUAUGGGACGGAAAGGAUAUUGGCAAUCCUUUAGAAGAAUUUCCUUCAUCUUUAGGUUAG